AUGGGCUCAAACCGGGGGAUCCUCCCGCCUCCCCCUUCCGAACGUCCGUCCCUGGGCGCAGAGUCCUUUCCCGCUAAGAUCGCGCUCGCAGUUGAAAGGCGCCUCCUUCCCCCGGGAUCUGCCUCCUCCCCGUCCUGCGCCCAGCUUGGCCGACUGCGAGCCUUGCCUGAGUGCGACCGCCCUUUGGAUCCCCUUGGCCUUGGAAGGCGAGCUGGGGCUGGGGCGCUCCGAGGACGAGGGCAGUCUGCGGAGGGACUGCGACGCCGGUGGCCACCAGAGGGCGCCCGCGCCCAGCGAGCCGAGUCCGAGGCGGGACCGCGGCCAGCACAGCAGCCGGCCACGCCUGGCGAGAGGGCGCUGCGUAACCCCGCCUCGCCGUCCGGCCGCUUGACCGCGAAGGUUAACCGUGCGCGUGGCCGGAGGCGGCGGGCUCAGGGGCUGUUCCAGCCUGUGCUGCCCAACACCCGUGUCCUUAUCCAGCACUGUUUUCUGCUAAGAUGGGACCUGCCUUUCCGAUUUUCUCAGCCAGUUCAGCACCACAACAGCUGGAAACACAUGCCAGACCAAGCUGUCUUUGCUGAGUGGAGACAAUGGCAAACACCAUCUCCCUUUCUCCCGGAGAAGCAGCUUUUGUGUGGUAUUUUCCAUGCCUAGCUUCCAAGUGACUUUAUUGCAACAAUAAAAAAUUGUGUGG